AACAAAAUAAUUGUCAAAAGUCGUACUUUGAACGCGCUACGUAUAAAUGGAGGCGGCUCCACGCGUCCUUGUUUUCUUCUUCAUUGCUUCUUCACCGUUCACAAGCACAGAAAUCUUCUACGCUUCAGAUUAUUUUAGUAAAAAUCAGCCCAAUUUAACCUCCAGUUCCUCUUCCCUUUCUCUUCGGUUCUUCCGGCUUGGUAAGGAUCCUUUCUUUCUUUCUCUUUCACUGCUCUUAUAUUGUCUAUCCUUUUGUUUAAUCCCUCCUUGUCCUGAAACCCUAAUCUUUGUACAUUUGUUGAACUCCUAGCCGUUGACUCCCAAUUUUAUCUUUUCUUUGUUUGCGAUAUGUUUCGGAUCUGGUUUCCACAUUUUGUUUCUGGGUUUACUGUACAGAAAUUGCAACAUUCGUCUUGUAGUUUUCUUUAUCAGAUGAUGUUGUAAUUAGAUGAUCAUUAACAGUACCCGAAAAAAAAAAUGUCAAAUUUCUGGUGAGCUUUUAAUUUGAACUCCCUUAAAAUCCAAAUUGAUUGUUGCAAUAUAAGCGUAGAAACAAUAAACGGGGAAAAUGUCUUCCGCUGGUGUGGCUCUCACUCCAAUUCACAAUAGUUCCGUACUUUCUUCUGAUUGUGCCAAGGCCCAACCAUUCCCCUGCUCCGAUGAGUACAUCUUGAUAUAUCUUUCUGUUGGGGGGUCUAUGAUGCCAAUGCGUGUUUUAGAGUCUGAUUCCAUUGAAUCUGUGAAGCUACGAAUUCAAUCCUGUAAAGGAUUUGUUGUGAAGAACCAAAAGCUGGUCUGUGGGGGCCGAGAAUUAUCAAGGAGCAAUUCCCUUAUCCGUGACUAUGGAGUCACUGAUGGGAAUGUUCUGCAUUUGGUUCUCAGGCUUUCCGAUCUUCAAGUUAUAAAGGUUAAAACUACUAGCGGAAAAGAAUAUACCUUUUGUGUGGAGCGAGGUAGAGAUGUUGGUUAUGUGAAACAACAGGUUGCAAAGAAGGAGAGGGAGUUUGAUGACCUUGACAAGCAAGAGGUUGUUUGUGAUGGUGAGCCGCUUGAUGAUCAGAGUCUUAUUCAUGAUAUCUGUAAACAUAGCAAUGAUACUGUGAUUCAUUUUUUGGUGAGGAAAUCUGCAAAGGUUCGGACAAGGCCUGUGGAGAAAAAUUUAGAAUUGUCUAUUGUGGCACCGCAGUUGAAUGAUGAAGGGAAUCCUAGAAAACAAUGUGAUGUUGGUGAAGCAAAUGACAGGAGAAGUUAUGAAGUUACCAUAUUAAGAAAGCCUCCUGAAAGAGAUUUUCUCUUGAAACCGAUUGUUGUUAACCCCAAAAUUGAAUUUCCCUCUGUGAUUUGGAAUAUGAUAAAUGCUACCUUUGAUGGAUUAGAGUGUGGAAAUAGUCCAAUCAGAUCUAUGGAGGGUACUGGGGGGGCUUAUUUCAUGCAGGAUUCUUGUGGACAGAAGUUUGUUUCUGUUUUCAAGCCUAUUGAUGAGGAACCAAUGGGUGUGAACAACCCCCGAGGGCUGCCAUUGUCUUCUGAUGGUGAAGGGUUAAAGAAAGGUACAAGAGUUGGAGAAGGAGCUUUCAGGGAAGUUGCAGCUUAUAUUUUGGAUCAUCCAGAGAGUGGGCGCCGAUCCUUGUUUGGUGAUGAGAAGGGCUUUGCUGGGGUUCCACCUACAGUUAUGGUCAAGUGCUUUCAUAAGGGGUUUAACCAUCCAGAUGAUGUGGUUGUCAAGGUUGGCUCCUUGCAGAUGUUCAUGGACAACAAUGGAAGUUGUGAAGAUAUGGGUCCUGGGGCUUUUCCGGUGAAGGAAGUUCAUAAGAUCUCUGUGUUGGAUAUAAGAAUGGCAAAUGCAGAUAGGCAUGCUGGGAAUAUAUUAUUGAGCAGAGAUUCCGAAGAUGGACAGACUGUGCUUAUUCCAAUAGAUCAUGGAUAUUGCUUCCCUGAAAGUUUUGAGGAUUGCACAUUUGAAUGGCUCUAUUGGCCUCAAGCUCGUCGUCCUUUUGACUCCAGCACUAUUAACUAUAUAAAAUCAUUGGACGCUGAGGAGGAUAUUUCUCUUCUGAAGUUUCAUGGAUGGGACAUGCCAGUAGAAUGUGCACGCAUACUUCGCAUCUCCACAAUGCUUCUGAAGAAGGGAGUCGAGAUGGGACUCACACCCUUUGAUAUUGGUGGCAUAAUGUGCAGAGAGACCUUGAAGAAGGCAUCUAUUAUUGAGGAGAUUGUCCAAGAAGCACGGGAUUCUGUUCUUCCUGGAACCAGCGAAGUUGCAUUCCUUGAAGCUGUAUCACACAUCAUGGAUCGUCGCCUUGAUGAGAUUGCCGGAUCUCUACCUUGAUGGAGUGCUAAAUUUUGUGGAUAACAUAACAUGGUUAUAAAUGUGUAUAUGCACAUAUCUUAAGUACAUAAGCAUUUGUUUGCAGGGAUGCUUAAUUGUCCAAAUAUUUUUUCUCUGAUAGUGAUUUGCUAUUCUUUCAUGAGUAUUCGUAAGGAUUUCCUUUUUCAACUGAUUGAACUUGGAAUAAAAACCUGGUUGUUUUUUCA